UUUAAAACACGCUGUAUCUUCUUCCUAAUUAUCAACAUCAAUUCGUAAUUGACACCUCGUUUUGGUUCAUUAACUAGUUUCCACUUCAUUUAAUAGACCAUAGCCUGACACUUAACGCAACCGUUUUGUAGUUUCCAAAGAAAUACAAUUUUAAAAUGGAGGAAAACGUAAAUUAUUCAACUUUUGAAGGAUUAAGGCCACAUUUUGAUGCAUUAGCUCGGGUUGGAUAUUUCAAAAUAGCUUUGAAGCCAAUGUCUCAUAUGAAACUGUGUUUGCAUGAGGCAUACCGACUCGCCUCAUGGGUUCUUGUACUUACGUAUAAUUUACAACAUCUCAUUCGUGUUGUACAGGUCCGGCACAGCACAAAUCUUAUCGUGGACACACUGUUCAUUUUGCUGACUACUUUGAACACGCUGGGGAAGCAAGUGGCUUUCAACCUGAGGAGCCGCCGCAUAGAUGAUGUCAUUAAAAUAAUUAACGGCCCUUGCUUCGCCGCGACUAACGCAUACCAUGUUGAAAUGCUAAAGGAAAACGCAGUAGUAAUGUCUCGGCUUCUCACUUUCUACCAUGUGGCAAUAUUUACCUGUGGAUGUAUGUGGACCGUUUUCCCCAUCGUGAACAGAGCUUUAGGAGAGGAGGUGCAGUUCACCGGAUACUUUCCUUUCGAUACCACGAAGUCGCCAGCAUUCGAAUUGGCUCUAGCCUAUAUGUCGAUUGUAAUAACCUUCCAAGCUUACGGCAACGUGACAAUGGAUUGUACCAUCGUAUCGUUCUAUUCACAAGCCAAGGUACAGCUUAGAAUGCUUCGUUAUAAUAUGGAGCACUUAGUAGAAUUUGGAGAGACUGGAAAAAAUAAUGCACCGUUUAAUGAAAGGUUUUAUAAAUUCACUUAUGAAGACGAUGAGAAGGAAAAAGUAGAGAUACAGGAAAGAUUGAAAAAAUGUGUGAUCCAUUAUCAUCAGAUUACGAGGUUUGCAAAAGAAAUUGAAUCAAUAUUUACUGAAGCUAUGGUGAUCCAAUUUUUCGUGAUGGCCUGGGUCAUAUGCAUGACUACUUACAAAAUUGUUGGGCUAAGUAUAUAUUCUGCUGAAUUUGUGUCGAUAGCCAUAUACUUGUGUUGUAUGCUGGCCCAGCUUUUCAUCUACUGCUAUUUUGGAACACAACUGAAAAGUGAGAGUGAUUUCGUGAAUCAGUCGAUUUACUACUGCGACUGGCUGAGUCUCUCGCCUUGUUUCCGUCGGCAGUUGCUCAUCAUGAUGCAGUGCUGCUUCCAGCCCAUAGCCCCGCGCACCGCAUACGUCAUACCGAUGUCUUUAGAAACCUAUAUUGCGGUGCUGAAAUCUUCAUACACACUGUUUACAUUUCUGAACCGUUAAUGCAGAGCUAGAGAGCGGCUGCAGCGGUAGCGUCGUGUGUUACGUUCUCGUUUUUAACUCACAAUUGUCUUAUUGUAUAGAGCCAAACAAAUAUUUCUGAAGCUUUUUAUAUGCGAUUUUGUGAGUAAUUUGUAUCACAGGCCGGUCGUUAAACUGACCGCAGUUUGAUUAAUUGCGUCUAUUUGCUGCUUUUUUAUAGGCCAGCGUCCCCUGAGCUAACUGAUAUUGUUCCUAAUUCUGUAUUGUUCUGGAAUUUUCAACGUAACUUUUCACGUAGGCACUUCAAAUUUUAGAUGCUCACUUGUCUUAAAUCAUAUCAGUAGUUUGACGAAAUAUUCAGGUUAAUUUGGGAAAAGAACGCACUGUUUUGUUUUCUUUUUUCUCUGUAAAAAUAUAAACAUUGAAAGCGACUAUAAAUAAAUGUUGUUCUAUCAUUAUUUCGCCUCCACGUUUUCACAAGCUUGUGUAUUUUAAGCACCGUAUUUUUGAGAGAGCCGCUUUAAGUUCGGCAGUAAGGUGCGUGUAGCGUGACUCACGCGGGCUCCGCCAGACAAUCCGGGAGCCCGAAUCAGCGAAACCCGCCUCUUCAGUGCUCCGUACGACGUAAGUGCUGAAAGUCGUGUAAAAAGUUGUAUCCGGCCGCGAAUAGCGCGUGUGGAAUUCCGUUUAUAAAUACGCGAGUGCGGGCGCGGCGGGAGAGUUGUGUUCGCGGCUCGGCGCGGCGGCGAGGGCGGCGUGCGCAGGGCUGGUCGCGCACGCGG